AUGAAUGACAUUGGAGUAUGGAUUCAGGGUAAAGAUAAUGUCGCGAAGGAAGCUUGUGAUUACUAUCAAAACAACUUCACAGGAAAAAAGGAGAAGAUUAAUGAGGAGAUGUUACAGUGUAUUCCAGAUUUGAUAAGCUUAGAACAUAAUUCAGAGUUGGAUAAAAUGCCUGAUGUUGAGGAGCUGAAAAAUAUUAUCAUGAGUAUGAAUCCAACCUCUGCUCCAGGUCCUGAUGGAAUUGGAGGAAAAUUCUAUCAAGUGUGUUUUGAUAUUAUUCAAGGGGAUCUUAUGGCUGUAGUAAAUGCUUUCUUUAAUGGUAACAUGCUGCCUAGAUAUAUGACUAAUGCUUGCCUAGUUUUGAUUCCUAAAGUCAAUCAUCCCAACAAGCUUAAGGAUUAUAGACCUGUCAGCCUUAGUAAUUUUACUAAUAAAAUCAUCUCCAAAAUUCUGAGCACUAGAUUGGCUUCUAUUCUUCCUAAUAUUGUCUCAGAUAAUCAGUCAGGAUUUGUUAAAGGAAGAAGCAUAUCUGAGAAUAUCAUGCUGGCUCAAAAGAUCAUUCAUGGUAUUAAACUACCUAAAGAAGGUAGGAAUGCUGUCAUUAAAUUUUAUAUGGUCAAAGCCUAUGACAGGGUAUGGAUUUUUCAUUCAACUAGGGGUCUUAAGCAAGGAGACCCCCUGUCACCAGCUCUUUUUAUUAUUGGUGCUGAAGUACUAUCAAGGAACCUUAAUCUUAUAUAUACUAACCAGUUAUAUAGAGGAUUCAAUAUGGAGAAGAAAGCACCUCAAAUUAAUCAUCUGAGUUUUGCAGAUGAUAUCAUUAUCUUUACUUCCACUGAUAGAAGAUCUUUACAUCUCAUUAUGAAGGUGAUUGAGGAUUAUGAAAGGGGGUCUGAUCAGAAAGUGAAUAAGGAUAAAAGUUUUUUCAUGGUUACUUCUAAGACUAGCCAAGAAAUAAUUGAGGAUAUCAAGCUGGUAACUGGUUUUAACAGGAAAAACCGCCCUAUAAAUUACUUGGGUUGUCCUAUAUACAUUGGUGGACAAAGAAUCAUUUAUUUUUCAGAAGUUGUGGACAAGGUGAUUAAAAGAAUUGCACGCUGGCAAUCAAAAAUCUUAAAUUUUGGAGGUAAAACAACCCUAGUGAAGCAUGUACUGCAAGCUAUUCCAAUUCAUACACUAGCUUCUAUGUCUCCUCUAAAGACUACUCAAAAUUAUAUUAAAAAAGUGAUGGCUGACUUUUUAUGGGGAGUUGACAAGGAUUGUAAAAAAUAUCAUUGGGCUUCAUGGGACACUUUGUCUUAUCCAAGUAAUGAGAGUGGAAUCGGGAUAAGAUUGCUUGAAGAUAUUUGUAAAGCAUUUCAGUAUAAGCAUUGGUGGGAAUUUAAAACAAAGAAGUCUUUGUGGAGUCAAUUUUUAAGGGCCAAGUAUUGUCAAAGAGCUAAUUCAGUAGCUAAGAAGUACAACACAGGUGAUUCUAUAGUAUGGAGGUGUGCAGUGAAAUAUGGAGGCAAAAAUUCAAGUACACAAAAGGUGAAAUAUAGUAUAUUCAAAGAUAUAAUGCAAGCUAUUAAACUGGUAUUUCCUAAUAUACCAUGGCAAUCGAGUUGGGAUAACUUGAUCAAUAUUAUAGAGCAAUGUAAACAGCAAUAUAAUAUUAUUGUGGUCGGCUGGAAUAAACUACACAAGGACAUAUAUAAAAUCAAUACAGAUGGGAGUGCAUUGCAAGAAUCAGGUAAGAUUGGUGGUGGUGGAAUAUUGAGAGAUCACCAAGGUAAAUUAAUUUAUGCAUUUUCUUUUCUAUUUGGUUUUGCUACUAACAAUAUGGCAGAGUUAAGGGCAGCAGCAUAUGGGAUAGACUGGCACAUCACCAGGAAAUUCUACAAAAUCACUUUGCAGCAGUCACUAACGGACCCAUUUACAGACCGGCACGAACGCAACGGAACGUCGCAUGAAUCCGUUGUGCCAGUCACUGCCUCCCUGUCUGAUGAGGAGCGCAAAUUGACCGUCACACCUUCUGGGUCAGCUACUCAUGACGAAGGAGCAUCUGGCACCUUAGGAGUUUUGUGGUGGGAGGAAGCCUCCGGAUUUGCUAAAGUUUCUGCACCGGCCACAACUGUACAUCCUGCCUCAUCUGCUGAGGCUUACAGUUCUGAAUCCACACCCAGCUCACCGACUCGUGCUCUUACCUCGGUCUCCGAUCAGCCCAAUCGGUGGUGUGUCGAUGGGCAGUAUCAAUUUUAUUCAGACGCAAAGUUUUUGAAUGAGAAAGAAGUCAUGACACGGACCCUUACAUUGGACAGUCGGGUCCUUACGGGAAGUCUCCUGACUAUGCCAUAG